GCGAACUGAACCGACAUCGAAAACCAACAUCGUCGUCUGCUGCCACCAUGACGGGACAAAAUUACUACGGCUCUUCCGCGCCGCCCGCCCCCAAACACCCAUAUUACCCUCCCGACAUCACCCUCAGGGGUUAUAUCCCGAACAGCUAUGAUGUCCCGACCCUGCUCCAACUGUUCUCACUAGCAUGCGGGAGCGUGUUGUUGACCGCCAUUGUGCUUGCGAAAUGCAGCAUUAAGUCUCUGCGAACGGGACAGUUGGCGGCGAUAAUGUGGUUCACGCUAUGCGGGUGUAUACAUCUAUUCUUCGAGGGAUAUUUCGCGUAUAACUUCAGGCGCAUGCCCGCGAUGAUGGACCUUUUUGGACAAUUGUGGAAGGAGUACGCACAGUCAGACUCCCGGUACUUGACGUCGGAUCCGUUCGUGCUGUGCAUGGAGAGCAUCACUGCUGCCUUCUGGGGUCCCCUCUCAUUUCUUCUCACCUACUACAUCGCGACCGAUCACCCCCUGCGACAUCCCUUCCAAAUUAUCGUUUCCCUCGGCCAACUAUACGGGGAUGUGCUGUACUACAGCACCUCCAUGUUCGACCAUUACAUGAAGGGCCUGAUGUACUCCCGUCCGGAGCCGUAUUACUUUUACGGAUAUUACGUCAUGAUGAAUGCCCCGUGGAUCGUGAUUCCUCUUUACCUCAUCUACCAAAGCAUGGGUGUAUCUUAUAAGGCGUUCGGGGCGCUGAAGAACACCGAGACCGUGACGAUCAAGAUCCAGGCGAAUAGGAAGGCCGUCGAGUCGAAGAAGGAGCUUUAGUCACAACGGCACAGUUAUACCAACUUUCAGGCCAUAUUUGAAACGCACCUUGUAACAUAAUUAUUUGAGUGAGACUGACCAACCAGCGUCGAGUACACUGUAUACCUAUCUAAUGCCAAAUGAUUCCAUACCAUCCGCUGCUCCAGCC